AUGUCAAUGGAAUUGCCACAUGGUGCCGACACAGUUGACUUUGGAUCUAUCGAUGAUCUUUCGCUAUGGGAGUGGGGUACAAGUGGAGUCAAUCCAGGUUGCACAAACGGUCACCACUCAGGUUCUGUGGAGCAGAUGUGGGGUCUUUCGUCAAGUCAAGACAUGCUCAAUGGUACGAAGUUCGGCGCUGGUAGCAUUGCCGGAGAACCAACGCAAGAGCCAUCACCGCCCAUGAGCCAGAUAGGCCGACAGAACACAUACCAGGACGACGAGAUCCCUAUUACACACGUAACAGGCUUUUCCGAGGAUCCUAUCUCUUCUGAUACAACCGCUUCGGACCUCCUCUUCGACCUAUCCAAGGAUGUGGAUUGCCGAUGCUCUUCCCAAUUGAGCCAGCUCAUCCACUUGGUUAGUCUUCGGCUUGCCAAACCCACUACUCUAGACGUUGUCUUUGCUGUGGAGCAACAGUUAAACAGGACAAAAGACACAAUCUCUACGUGCGCGCAAUGCUCCUUCAACUCGCCAUACGUGAGCAUGAUGUUUUGUACAUCUAUAAGCUGGGUAAUUGAGCAUCUGCAGACGUACAUACACCAAGAGUACCCUUUUGGAUGGGAUGCGGUCAGCAGCAGUCGAUACUGGAGCUGCAGCGCAGCAGAUGUUUGGGAUGUUGGAGAUGAGGGGCGGAUCUUAGAGGAAGAAAGCUACUUUCCAAGGUCUCUCAACACCAAAUCUAGGAGAGCGCAGGUCGCUGUAUUCCGGUUUAAUAUCAACCCUCGCUACAGGCUAUUUGGUGCUCACAUAAGAAGACAGUCAACAUGGCAUAUCGCAGUAGUUCUUGUCGUCAUCUGGGUGGCGCAGAAUUACACUCAAACGUGGAAGCGUCUGCGACACAUUCCCAGUGCGCAUAUCACUGCACCAUUCUCCUACUACUGGCUGGGUCGUACCACCUACAGCGGUCGUCAAUACUGGGUCCUUCGCAAUCUCCACGCUAAACAUGGCCCGCUUGUGCGCAUCGGCCCCAACGAAGUCCUCACCGACGACCCCAACGUCCUGCGCACUGUCUCAUCCACGCGGAGCAAUUACGCUCGCAGCGACUGGUAUCAUGCCGGCCGCUUCAAUCCGUAUCGCGACAACUUGUUCACGAUUCUCGACCCAAGAGCGCACAAGAAGGCGAAAGCCAGAUCUAUGGCGGCGUACAACGGGCGUGAUACUGGUGACCUUGAGGGCAUAAUCGAUGAGCAGGUCAAGAAGUUCAUAGAGGUCAUUCGAAAUCGCUACGUGAUAGCUUCGUCAGGAAACGGUCAGCCGCUGCUGGAUCUGGUGGCUAUCACGUCCUAUUUCACCAUGGAUGUCAUCACACGGAUGGGGUUUGGCAAAGCAGUUGGCUAUCUCGAGGACGAAAAGGAUCAUUACGACUUCCUCGGAACUGUGGAUGAGCUCUGGCCGAGAAUGUCGACGGUGGCUGAUGUACCUUGGAUUCGCAAGUUUUUGUUCUCGCCUUUUGUACUCAAGUUCGUGGGGCCAAAAACCAGUGAUACGAGGGGCUUUGGAGCGCUGAUGGGUUUCGCAGCUGAAUGGGCCUCACUUAUGGCUAAGGGCUUCACAGAGGAAGAAUGCCAAUCCGAAGGCCUGUUCCUCCUGCUAGCCGGGAGUGAGAGCACCGCCAACGCCAUGCGUUCUAUUCUCGUACAUACCACGAGCUCACCUGCGGUAUACAAUCGCCUCGUCGCCGAGAUUCAGAACGCGGUACGCGCGGAAAACGUCUCAUACCCUAUAGCCUUAGAGCAGGCACGGAGAUUGCCAUAUCUGCAGGCAAUCAUCUACGAAGGCCUCCGUAUGCGCCCACCCAUCCUAGGUCUUUUUCCUAAGAUCGUACCCCUCGACGAAUCACCCAUCUUUCACGACAAAUUGCUACCCCCAGGCACCGCUGUAUGCAUGAACAUGUCAUCCAUGCUGCAGUCAACGGCUUUGUUCGGCGCCGAUGCCGACGUAUUCCGUCCAGAGCGCUUCACGGAGGCAGACGAAGAGACACGCAGGCAGAUGGAGUUAGAUGUUGAGAUGGUAUUUGGUUAUGGGGGCUGGGUCUGUGCGGGCAAGAAUAUUGCUAUGAUGGACAUUGCAAAAGUGGUAUUCGAGAUGUUUCGCUUGUUCGACCUACAGCUAGUGAAGCCGUUUGAGCCGUGCGAAAACAUCGGUUACGGCGUGUUUUUGGAUAAAGGGUUGAAGGUGAGAGUAUCGGCAAAGAUGUGA